CCCUGUAGGAGAAGAAAAGAAAACAAAAAAGAAACUGUCUCCGUCCCUCCAUUAAAUCAUUGAUCGAUGGUUAGGGGUGUUUGCAGAUAAUGUGUCGCUGAUGUGUUAACACGAGAAGGUUAAUCAGUGGCAGAAGGAAUAAAUCAUCGAUCUGAAAAUGCAAAAUUAAGAAAUGGAGGUGCAGCGGUUGAGGCAGUUGAUGUUGCUUUGGUCUAGAAUACAAAGCACCCGUGUGGCCCUCGUGGGUGGGAAUCACACCGCCGCCAGGUUUUGUACUCGCUAAGUUCUUGUUUUGCUGCUCUCCCUCCCGUUAUUUACCUUAGAGAUUUAAUUGAUUAGACAUCUUGCUUUAAGGUGAUUUAGAUUUCUUCAUUCCUGCAUGUAGCUUGGUUUUCUCGUAGAAAUUCACGUUCAAUAUUUAGCAAACUUCAUCAGCCUUUAUUUUUUGAAUUAUAUUGUUUCUGCCAUAAUCAAUUUUUGCAAUUAUGGCAAUUCAAUUUAUACAACGAUUUCAAUCCAAAAACCUCAAGAAACACAGGCACUUACCCUUGCAUACCAAAAGCAUUGAUUUUUAUGGCGACAAAUACGUGAUCAUCAAGCUCCCUAACAUUAGGGCCUUGAGGCUUCUCGCACAAUCCUUGCUUUUGGCGUUGAUCUUUGCCACAUUCCCCUUAUUGAGAACACUUUCCGAUGCUUCUAUAUCCUCUGGGUCACCUAUUCUUGAGCCCGAAUCUGAUCCCGAUUUAUUCGAUGCUAAGGUCUUGCCUUUACUUAUCCAUGAUUUAACAAACGAGGGGCUACUUAAAACGGGGGACAAAACAGUUUUUGUGGGCAGUGGCAAUGGCAAUGGCAUUGGUAAUGCCAUUCACAUCUCUAAGAUCCUCAAUGUCAAUGAUACGAAAAUCAUCUCUGCUGCUAAUUUGGAUCGACAACGCUCAAUUCCUGGUGAAGCACUCGACUUUGCCUUCACCUAUGAUGACUUCCAUACGACCUCAGAAUUCAUUGACCGGACUCUCAAAGUUGGUGGCAUUGCGGUUGUUCAACUAAGCAAUGAUCCUUCCUCUGCAUUCGACAAGCCUUUCAAUUAUAAAAUAGUUUAUCUCAGGAGAUUUCAGGCCGCUAAUAUUUUGGCCAUGAGGAAAACAGGAUAUGGGGAUACUAAUUUGAUCACUCAAAGGCGGCUUCUAGGAUAUCAUGCCAACGAGGCAAAGAAAGCAGCACUACAGAACCUGGAAGAUGUUCUCCUGGAACCUCCGCGGGCAGCAUCGGGUAAAUCGAGCAGAUACCUGAAAAAGACAAGAUAUCUGCCAGACUUAAUGGGUGAUUCACUUGAAAGUUAUCCUCGUCGUGUGUUCAUUGAUGUGGGGUUGCCAGAGAAAGACGGUGGAAGUGGUAAUGGAUGGUUCGCGAAGAAUUAUCCUACAAGAAAUCUUGAUUUCGAAAUGUACAAGAUUGAGACAGUGACUGAGCAAUCGUCAGGGAAGGAGGUGCCUCAGGUAGAAGAAGUUGGGAUGUCAGAUUGGUUGAAACAUAAUGUGAAGGGGGAAGAGUAUGUGGUGAUGAAGGCAGAGGCGGAAGUGGUGGAGGAGAUGGUGAAAAGCAAGGCAAUAAGGUUAGUGGAUGAGCUUUUCUUGGAGUGCAAGCCACGAAGGAAUGGGAAUGGCAGCAAAAAGACCUACUGGGAAUGCUUAGCAUUGUAUGGAAAGCUAAGGGAUGAGGGUGUUGCAGUGCACCAGUGGUGGGGUUGAUCGACGAACAAGAUCGAAAAAAGAAAAGGGAGACCAAUUUAAAUUAACAUGUUGCAAUUUACGUGCUGUUGUUUUUUUUUUUCUUUAUUUCAUGUCGUUUGUGCGUUUGAUAUUUUUAACUUGCGGGGGUGUUACGAGCUUAUUGUAAAUUAUUUGAAGAUUCGAUCAACAAUGAGAUUGAGAUGGAGUGUUCCAAAACAGUUUGAAGGGCUUUUCCAUUUUCAUUUGAAAGCAGAGUUCUCCAAACCCCACACACACACAUAUAUAUAGGAUAAAUCCUAAUUCAUAUCAAUACAAUUAGCACUCUCAUUUUGUUUUCAUAAUUAAACAAAACCUUAAUCUAUGAUACAACACAGCUUCUAUGACAACAGGACGUGUCCUGUUUAAUUAUU